AUGCCGUUCACCGAGGAGGGCAAAUAUCAGACGUUUCCGUCGAAAUCGGCGCCGAUUUCUGGAAAUAAAUUUCAGAAAAUGGCAACAAUUCACAAGGAGCAAGAAAAAUCGGGAAAAUUCUACGAAAAUCAGCGAAAAAUCCAUUUUGGCGGAACGCCUCGAAUCCAGUAUCGAGAGGGCGGAAAAUUCUAUAAACCGCCGCGAAAUGAGCAGGAUCCGGAAAAAUCUGGAAAAUUUGCCGGAAAAACUGGGAAAAAGUUGGAGAUGAAGAAGAAAUUGAAAUCCAAAAAAGUGAAGGGAGACCCUGUCAAAGGCACAUCAACCGAGUACGAUCAGCUAGCGAAUUCUGACGAGGACAAUGACGUCAUGGAUGUUUCAGAUAUGCUCCCGGAGCCAGAAGACGAGGUGGAAUCGGAGAUUCCACUAGUCAAUACUGGAAGGAAAGCGACGGGAAAAGAAAAAAAUCCGGCAGAAAAAAAAUCGAGAAAAUUCAAUGCUCUGGGAGAGUUUGAGGAUGUUGAGGAAGAUGCUGAAGCUGCUCCAGCACCACCGGCUCCUAAAAAACCGAAAAAUCAAAACGUUGAAGAAGAAGGAUCGGAGGACGAGCUGGAAAGAUCGGAAGGAUCGGAAGGAUCGGAGGAAGAGGAAGACGACGAGGAUGAGCGGCUGAAGUUCCGUGAAGAAAUCUCGAAAAUGCCGUUGGGCAAGGUGAAAGAGAUGAAGGAGAAGCUCGGCAUUAAGCUCUUCAACAAGACCUAUUUCGGAACGUCGGAAGCCGACAAAAAACGGGCCGACGAGAAGAAGAAGGCCGCCGAGAAGGCCGACAAGGGCCAACAUCGGCCGAGGGAAAUGUCGUCGAAACGGCCCGUUUCGGCGUUUAGGAAUAUUUAUGGAGGACACGAGCAGGAGAAGAAGAAGAAAAAAUGGGAUCCCCGAUUCGACGCAAGAGCCGGCGACUUCAAGGAAGUCUGCUUCGAGAACAACUAUCAGUUCCUCGACGAAAUCCGUACCGGCGAGAUGCAGGACCUGCGUAACGAGUACAAUACAGCACGGGCGGAAGGCGACGAGAAAAAAGCGGAGAGACUGAAAAAUACACUUCACAAAAUGGAGACUCGGGAGAAGACGCGAGCCGAGAAGCGACGACACGCGGAAACACGAAAAGAACUGCACGAUGACAAUAUCGAACGAAUGCUGCGCGGAGAGGCGCCGAUCUUCAGGACGAAGGCACAAGUUCGCCGAAUCGAUGCCGAGAAGAAGUACGAGGAGCUGAAGAAGGACAACAAGCUGGACAAGUAUUUGCAGAGAAAAGCGAAGAAAGAGUCGGCGAAGCAGAAGAAGGCCCGUCCGUUUGAAGGAUAUGGAUUCCAGAAUUAAUAUCGAUUUUUUUUUGUUAUUUUUUGUUAUUUGUUGUUUUACGCCAAAUUGUUACCCCCAAUUGUUAACACUUUUAUGAUUAAAUUUAUUU